AUGGAGCUGACGCCGGGGCUUCUCAAAAAUAUUCACAAAUCGAAUAAGGAAAUCGAAGCUUUGGGAAUCUUCCACGAAGAUCUUCGGCCUGACAAUGUCCUUUGGAAUGAAGAGCUCGGGCGGGCAUUGAUUAUCGGCUUUCAUCGCUCUGCAUUGAAAUGUCGGCCAGCUCCAAAGCGAUCACGAGCAAAGACACGAUUGUUGCGAACAGAGUCAGGCGAUGCAAAGCGUUUACGUGUUCUCUAA